GAGGAGGGGCAGUAGUAGCAGCCUAGUCCCCGGAUCAAAGUGACACAACGUUGAAGAACAGAUGCUAUUCAAUAGAGUAUUAACAAUAACUUAAUCUCGAAUUUUACAACAGUCUAAAUUUUCCGCCAUAGGAAUUUCAGUAAGACUACUUCGUCGCUAUAUAUUCUUUAAUCAAAUGGGACGAAAGGUCAUAUUAGCUACAUGCUCAUUGAACCAAUGGGCACUAGAUUUUGACGGGAACUUGGAGAGAAUCUUGAGAAGUAUAGAGAAAGCCAAAUCUGUGGGAGCUAAAUACAGAUUGGGACCCGAACUGGAAAUAUGUGGGUAUGGCUGUGCUGACCACUUCUAUGAGUCGGACACCCUACUGCACUGCUUUCAGGUCCUCAGGAAGCUGCUAGAAUCACCUGUCACCCAGGACAUCAUCUGUGAUGUGGGCAUGCCCAUCAUGCAUCAUAAUGUUCGGUACAACUGCAGAGUCAUGUUCCUCAACAGGAAGAUCUUGUUGAUCCGACCCAAGAUGUUGCUGGCCAACUAUGGGAACAACCGGGAGUUUCGCUGGUUUUCACCCUGGAAUAAACUUAGACAUGUGGAGGAGUAUUUUCUGCCCAGGAUGAUUCAAGAUGUGACCGGAGAGGACACUGUCCCGUUUGGUGACUGCGUCCUCUCAACUAAAGACACCUGCAUCGGGAGUGAGAUCUGCGCUGAGCUAUGGAACUCAAGGAGCCCUCAUGUGGACAUGGGUUUGGAUGGUGUGGAGAUCUUCACCAACUCUUCAGCCAGCUACCACGAACUACGCAAGGCAGACCACCGUGUCAACCUGGUCAAAUCAGCCACAACAAAGAGUGGAGGGAUCUACAUGUUUGCCAAUCAGAAGGGCUGCGAUGGAGACAGACUCUACUACGACGGUUGUGCCAUGGUGGCCAUCAACGGAGAUAUAGUGGCACAAGGAACCCAGUUCUCCCUGGAUGAAGUGGAGGUUGUGACUGCCAGUCUGGAUCUAGAAGACGUCCGCAGCUAUAGAGGAGAGCACUGCCACCCACACGUGGAGUAUGAGCACAAACCGUGCCAUAGGGUCAAAGUGGACUUCUCCCUGUCUGAUUGCAAUGGUGUCUACCUCCCCACUCACCAGCCCAUUGAGUGGCAGUUCCACACCCCCGAAGAGGAGAUUAGCCUGGGACCAGCAUGCUGGCUGUGGGACUACCUGAGGAGAAGUGGUCAGGCUGGUUUCCUUCUUCCCCUCAGUGGUGGUGUGGAUAGUUCCUCAACUGCCUGCAUCGUCUACUCGAUGUGUGUGCUAGUCUGCCAAGCCGUCAGAGAUGGAAACUCCCAGGUGCUGGAGGACGUUCAGCGUGUGGUGAGUGAUGUGUCCUACACACCCGUGGACCCACGGGAGCUGUGUGGACGCGUCUUCACCACAUGCUACAUGGCCAGUGAAAACUCCUCGGAGGGAACGCGAAACAGGGCUAGAGACCUGGCCGCCCAGGUUGGCAGCUCACACAUGAGCCUCAACAUCGACAUAGCAGUGAAAGCCAUGCUGGGAAUUUUCUCCAUGGUUACUGGAAAGUGGCCCCAGUUCAGUGCUAAUGGUGGAAGCACCAGAGAAAACCUAGCCUUACAGAAUGUGCAGGCUCGCAUCCGAAUGAUUCUGGCCUACCUGUUUGCUCAGCUCAAUCAGUGGGCUCUGGGAAAACCUGGUGGCCUACUUGUCCUUGGCUCUGCCAAUGUGGAUGAGAGCCUCACCGGAUACUUCACCAAGUAUGACUGCUCCAGCGCUGAUAUCAAUCCAAUCGGUGGCAUCAGUAAGACAGACCUAAAGAGCUUCCUGCAGUACUGUGCCGAGCAGUUCCAGCUCACUGCCCUUAAAAGCAUCAUGGCUGCACCACCAACUGCAGAACUAGAGCCCCUUGCUGAUGGCCAGGUUUCGCAGACUGAUGAGGUGUGGUCCAGCCAUAUGAAGAGACAUCUUUUUGCAUACAAGACUGGCAUUUCUAGCGGACUGAAACAUCACAUACAUUCUUACGAAGAUUUGCUCACAUUGGCACAAGGCAUUGUUUGGUGUAAAUGCAGGUUAUCCUGUAAUUGUUUAAAUCUAUUGUUUUAGAGAAGAGAAAAGUGAUGUUGGAGUUUCAGCCCGCCAUGAUUGUAAUUCAUUCAUGCUCCAUUCAUCCAACAAGCAAUCAGUUUUAAUUUUAUAAUUUCAACUUUCCAGCAUGCUUUAUUAUAAUAGAUGUCUUUAUUUAAUUGUGGCUAUUGAUUACUGAGAUGUUGUCUUUGCAUUUCUUUUAUAAUGCCAAGUGGCAAAUGGUCAUGAGUUAAAAAUUUUUUUGCCAGAACUGCUAAUAUGUGUGUGACAGCUCACAAAGGGGGCUCUUUAAAUGGAUUUUAAGGAUCCCUAUUAGCUACUUCCAAACGCAGCAGCUUCUCUGCCUGCCAUUCACAUGAAACAUUACACAACGAUAAUAAGGACCAUGAAUACAUAGACAAGUUCAGGACAAAGACCACAGACAACAUUGCAAUCCAUUGGUCUACUGAGAAAAUUGUUCUUCCUGAGCAAGGCCUUAAGAGCCCUAAACUCUGGUUCAGAAUAAAACAUUGUUUUGGAAUAAUGUGAUUAUACAGAUGAAAAAACUGUUAGAACAAUGCAAGUCGUUGCUCUCAAUGCAAGGCAUCAAGGUGUCACUUUCAGUCCCACGCGGCAAGGAAGCUUCAAGGGUAGUGCUUCAGUACAAUACAGUUUUCUGCUUCAACAUGUAAAAUAUGUUACAAUGGACUACAUUUUUUAGACACAAUCCUUUGCCAAAGUUUCUAAAAGUAAAUUGUUUGGGUUAUGACACACAUGCAUUUGCCAGAGGAGGAAUUUCCUCAGAAACAUUCUAGAACACAAUGCUUCAAUAAUGCAUAAAAGGACCAGCUAGCUUGACAGCCUUGGUCAUCCAUACUAAUGGCUUUAUUUAGAUCAAUUACUGUUGUUAUUGCUCAGUCGUGUUUUUCCUCUGGUUGUGUUGACUGUGUCUCAACUUCCCCUUGUGUAUGGCUUACUGUCUAUAAAUACUCACACGCUUGGACGUUGAAUGUCUCUGAAUGCGUGGAUGUAAUCUGGGCACAUGGCUUGUUCUGUUAUGGUGUAAUCUGACCUCUUCCUUCUCCCUCAUCAGUCUGAUAUGGGGAUGACAUACUCUGAGCUCUCUGUGAUUGGCCGGCUGAGGAAGAUCUCCAAGUGUGGCCCGUACAGCAUGUUCUGUAAACUC